UUGAUGUAGAACCUUCCUUGCCAUGUAGGCGUAUCUGUUUUCAUUUCACUAUCACCACACACACAUAAGUGUGGCCAUUGUCAGUGUAUUGCUCUCCUCUGCAGUGCUGGUGUUGGUAGGACAGGGACAUUCAUAACCAUAGACCAUGUCCUGGAGCAGAGGGAGACAGAGGGAGUGGUGGACAUCCCUGGAGCCAUCCUCAAACUCAGACAACAGAGAACCAACAUGGUCCAGACUCUGGACCAGUACAUCUUCAUCCAUGAUGCUAUACUGGAGUCAGUCACAUGUGGAGACACUGAGAUCAAAGCUGCUGAUUUGAGGAGGAAACUGGUCAAACUCAAGAGAAAGGACGAUUCUGGACUUUCUGGACUUGACCUUCAGGCUACAAGCAGCAGAGAGCGUUCAUCAUCACCCAGGGACCGAUGCGCUGCCACUGCCAGAGACUUCUGGAAGAUGGUCUACAGCAGGAAGUGUAGUGUGGUUGUCAUGCUCUCUGACCUCAUUGAACAGAAUGAGGAGGUAUGCUACCAGUAUUGGCCAGAGAAGAGGACUCAGAGCUACGGAGAGUUCAGUGUAGAGCUACUGAAUGAGGAGAGGAAGAGAGGAUUCUUACUCAGGACCUUCUCAGUCCAGGAAGCCAAGUCCGGUACAGCCCAUCAGGUGUGGCAGUUCCACAUCCCAGAGUGGAGCUCAGACUACCAGUGGCGUGGGGAUGUGAAUGCCAUGGUCUCUGUCAUAGAGGAAGUCUCCAAGGUCCAGAGGAAGACUGGGAACCACCCCAUUGUCGUCCAUGGACUUAACACAGUGAGUAGAUCAGCCAUAUUCUGUGGUGUGGCCACCACCAUUGAGAGGUGUAAGACAGAGGGAGUGGUGGAUGUGUUCCAGGUGGUCAAGGCCAUGAGAGUUCAGAAACCUGGAGCAAUACAAACUUUGAUCCUGGAGUGUUAG